AUGCCUCGAAGAGGUUUUGCUUUUGUCUCAUUCAAUGAUCCGAAUGUAACGGCACAACUUGCAAAAAUGCGUGAUUUUGUUGUAAAUGGUGUUAGCGUAUGUGUCACGAUCCCUACUCCUAGAAAACGCGAUUAUGACCCACCUCCUAGGAGGAUGGUUGAUCCAUUUUCCAGUGGUUAUGGUGGAUACAAUGAUUAUCCGCCGUUUGGUCACAGUGGAGGUGGUCGAGGGCCGUAUCCACCGAAGCGUCGUCGUAGAGGAGAAUUCAAUGAUUCUUGGCUAUAA